AUCUUUUAUUGCCACAAAAUUUUAGCUGGAAAUCAGUUAGCUUUUCUCUUGAUAUCAACUGAGAAAUCAGUUGGUCUAUCUUGCUUUAGAUUCGAUUCUGUGUAGAUUGUUAGAAAUAGAUUCAGUCUCAAGUAUCCUUUCUAAUCCCUUGACAUGUAAAUUAAAAGAAUAUUUGUCUAGAUGUUAAUUGUCACUCUACCCAGAAAAGCUGAACAGAUGGAUAUAGUAAAGCUGAAAGUUGUAGCAGAUAAGUUCUUUGCUAAAAGAAGUUCAUUUUUAUUUUGGUCCAUAGAUUGCAUAGGCAUUAAUUGAUGGUGCAGUCAUAGUAAUCUUUCACAUAUUCUCCAUCCUCAACUGCACAAGAUCUUGAACAUAUCCUAUUAGCAAGCAACAAAUAGAGAGUUCAUGAGAAAAGUACAAGCCAUAAUUCUCAAGAUUUAAAAAGAACAACAUAGAUUAAGAAAGCAGACAUUGCAUGAAUACACUCUCUGUUUGGGGGAUGUUCGAUGGAAAGUAGGAAGAAUCUUUUGAACUUGGGAGAGCUUAAAUCUGGAGGUACUCCUAUGUUACCGAACAAGCUAACUGUGAACAGUUAGUGUUCCCUGUUGGAGGUCUUUGAUUGAAUGGGAAUAUAAUGUGCUUUGAUUUCCAACGAUCAGUAAGAAAAUAGUUGCUGAGCUUAUUUAGACCUACUAAACUUGGGCUAGAGUUUCAUAGACGUUCUUACCAUAUUCAUGUUAGUGCCAGUUCUAAAGAAGGAUAGACUACUAACCUUUUGAUUUGUGCAAAUAAGAAAAAGAAAAAAAAUACUCAAUUUUGAAGCUCCAUGAUAUAAGCUGAUGCCAUAAUACUAUGCAUAUACUUUGGUGUAACUAUGUUAUAGCUCCAUAGAAAACAAAUUGUAUGAUAUUAAUGCUUGAGAUGGUACUGAACCAAAUUAUUUGGAAAAUAAAGAUUAGCUUAAGCUCACCAAAAAGAAGGUUGCUUUUUUUUUUUUUUUGGCAUACAUUAACAAAUGAUCUGCAUUGUACAAAAAUAUGGAUGUUGUUUAGGAUAGUAAAACUCAUUAAUUUGGAGUUUGUCUUACUUUUUUCCAAGAUUUUGUAUUCCCAUUGUAGUCAUUAAGUAACGAAAUCAUUAUGCCAUCUUUAUCACAUAACUUCCAACACUCUUACUUACACCUAUUCUCUACCAUUCACCUUUUUAAUUUCACAAAUUUCAAGUCUAACUCUAAAACUCAGUGUUUUUUUACAUGUAUAAUUGAACAAACAAAGAAUCUACAAAUGUAGUUGAACAAUUCCACGAAACAACUUAUUUAUUAUAGGAUAAAGUUCAACUAUAUGAAGCUCAUAUAUGGACAGUCCCUUUGAGCUUCCUCUGCCUUUUGGCCUACAAAAUACAAAAACUAAAUCUAAAUAUUUAAUGAAAAAAACUGAUUUCUUUCAGGAAACUUAUCAAACACAUAUGACACAAAUAGUAUAACCUAAGGAGUUAACAAUAUACAAUUUUUAUGAGCUCAUAUGGGAGAACAUUCAAACAUUGUAUUGUCUUCUUUUAUGGAAGAUUUGAUUGGUUGAGAUGUUGAAUAGGUCAUAGUUGUUUAGACACUUUCUUUACUGAAUCUCUUUGCCAUCGCUAUGUCUUCCAUAUUAAACCCAUAUUAAACUAGACCACAACUUUCCUUUUUAAUUUUCUUUCAAUUUUUUCAUGUAGCUUCUUCAGCAAUAUUAAUUUAGUGCACAAGUAAGAGUGAAUUGAUGACUGAAAUGAAUUUUGAGGAUGUCGUGAAAUUCUGUUUCUAAAUCUAUUGUACCUAAGUUCACAGACAUGCACACCUAAUAACAAUUUCUUGUCGUAAAAAGAAAUUGACUGGUGUUAUGAUUGGGGUUAUAGCGUGUAUUUCGUGAAUUUGUAUUUUAUUUAAUCCAUUAUAUUAUAUAAAAUCACCUACUUUUUUCAUCCAUUUAAUUGGCAUAUAAUGGCCCUACAAUUUUGAUUGCGCAGUGUUUGGAAAGUAAAGUUGCUUCAGGGGCACAAAGGAACACUGUUGCGACUUAAAGAUGUCUGACAAAAAAAGAAAGACGAACGACGUCCAAAUGGAGAAAAAUCUUAGACGUCGUAUUGCCUAUAAAGAAAUGCCGCCUGACCAAAAGGCAGCACUUCUAGAACGGCGUCGGGUAGAAUAUGCUGCGAGAAGACAUACUCUCUCAGAAAAUUCUACUCCUAACUGUUCUACUCAGAAAAGCAUGAUUUCAGGAGAACCUGCUCUGGGACAACCUGCUAUGUUCAUUCAAGAGACACCUUCUUCUUCUCGAAUUGGUUGGUUAAAUCAAACUUCAUUUUUACUUCGCCGCUCUAUUUACGUUAGAUCUUACAAAAUUAAAAUAUUUCAAGCCGCAAAUCAACACAAGUAGGUUGUUGGAAUAUCAACCCACUACCUUCCUAUCCUACUAUUUUAAAAAAGGUCUCAAAUUGUAGAUUCUGCAAAGCCAAAAGAUUUCAAUAUGAAACCCCAAGCUUUUGCUGUAGUAAUGGUUCAGUAAAAUUAGUUUCACACCAACUACCUCCUGAAUUAAAAAGUUUCUACUAUGGCAACUCCGAUGAAUCCAAUCAUUUCCGUACUUAUAUUAGAACAUACAAUAAUAUGUUUGCAUUCACUUCACUUGGAGUAAAGUACGAUAAGGAAUUGGCACAAAGAACUCAAGGAAUCUACACAUUUAAAGUUCAAGGACCAAUGUACCAUUUUCUUAAUAGCCUCACUACUACAGAUAAUAAUGCAAGAAAUUUACAACUUUAUUUUUAUGAUAAUGAGAAUGAUAUAGUUAAUAGAAUGACCUUUUCAGAAAACCUCAAUAGAUCUGUUAUUGCUAAACUAGUCAAUAUUCUAAAAAUUAAUCCAUACUCCGUUUUUCUAAAAUCUCUAACACAUAUUCCAGACUUAUCCAACUUCUACAUCGCACUUAAAUGUGAUUCUGCUUUGGACCAACGAACAUACAACUUACCCAGUGUUUCAGAAGUUGCAACUAUAUGGACUGAUGAAGAAUUAGACAGUCCUGCUUCUACACCACAUAUUCGUGUUUACACACAUAGCAACACUAACCAACUGGUUCACUAUUACUAUGGUUGUUACGAUGCAUUACAAUAUCCUUUGUUGUUUCCCUAUGGUGAAAACGGUUGGCAUUGUGGUAUUCAAAGAGUUAUACAAAAAGCAAACUUCCCUAGAAAUUCUUCUUCUUGCAAACAUCAGAACAUUCCAAGUGUAUCCAACAUGUCUUCAAUUGAUGGAUUUCUUGAUAUUGAACAAGAAAUUUUGCAGAAAGAAAGACAGAAAAAGAACACUGUAUCUUGUCGUGAAUAUUACUGUUACAAACUUCAAAUUAGAGAUGAUGAAGAAAAUGAUACUUUACAUUCUUGGAGAGUAUUCCAACAAUUUUCUGUAGAUUAA